UCCUGUGUUUUUUACUAGUGUCAUUUUGUUCGCUUUUGUUUGUUUCUGUGAAAAGUAUGUGGAUUUUCAUUAUGAUAAUAUUCUGGGGUUUUCCUUUCAGCCGACUACAGAGAAGGAUUAUGUUAAUGAGUAGAAGAGUGAGACCGAGGUGCUUGGCGUUUUUAUUAAUAGGGGCUCCUAUUGAGUCGAAUAGUUUUUAGGAACCGAAUUAGUAUCUACAGUAAUCCACCCGGUCGGGCACCUCACUGUCCUGAUAGAAGUCAACGGGAACAAACAACAUUCGAAGUAUUUGCGGCUUUCGGUUAGUAGAAGUGAAGUGGUCGCCGAGCUUGGGAGAGAAGUGUUCAGUGCGUCGCUUUCAACUCUUGAAAUUGAGUCGUCUCCGUUCAGAUACACAGUACAGAUACAAGAUUGGAAGUUUUUUCGUGGGCUGGUGCGUUCAACGUUGACGCUGAGUACAGAGAACAAGUGCUAAAUUGCACUUAGAUUGACGAUUAGUCAUUUAUAGUCGAAACCUAUUUACGUGGUGAACUCGAAUCCGAAAGAAGCGGCAAAAUGUGCGGAAUUUGCAAGUGUGCCGAGAGCGUUGUCUGCUGUUGCUUUUCGUGUGCGUGGAACCUCUUCAUUUCCUUGGUCAGCGGUAUCAUAAUUCUGCUGAUUAUCAUAGGUGUUAUCGUCUACUUUGUUGUUUUCCACAAUAAAGACGACACUCACCAAAACGUUACAGAACAAAUGCAUUCGAAUCUUACACAGCUCAUAAAACAAACCAUAGAGAAUACGCGGAACCAGAUUUCAUAGAUUAGCACGUACUCUGUAAGAAGUGAACGAGAAAAGUAUCUACCGAGAAAAUUAAUGGAAAAAUAGUUGUUUAUAAAAGAGUAAAGGAUGCACUUUGAGGAAAGAUGGAAGGGAGGAAACUACAAAAAGAUGUUCCUUGAAAUUUUAUGAAAUUUUAAUAAGUAUGUCAACUGUAUAGCUACUAUGUAUCGUCGCAGCAUUUCAUUGCCAUUUUCUUCAAUAUUUAUUCGCUUCCAUUUUGUUGAUUGAUUGCUCAGCUUUCUUAGAUCGAUAUGUAUAUAUUGUCACACUUUGAACAGUUGCAGUUUUUCCAACUAUAUUUUAUCAAAGACUCUCCAAAAUCCACAGAGUUCCUUUUCAAUAUGUUCUUCCUGACCGUGUUUUUAUA